GUCGCCUCCAGGGCCAUGGCGACCUGCCUGCGGCUGCGGAGCGUGGCUCCGCACCUCCGGCGGGCACCUUCCAGCCGGAUCUGCCGCCCCCGUGCCGACUGCCCAGUGGCCCCGAUCCGCGGCUACGCCCGAGGCCCGGCGGGCCUCUCCUCGGCUCUGCUGCGCACCGACGGCUUCGUGGGCGGCCUCUGGGUCUCGGCAGCCACCACCUUCCCGGUGCACGACCCGGCCAGCGGCGCCGAGCUAGGCUUGGUGGCCGACUGCGGGGUGCCCGAGGCCCGCGCCGCCGUGCGCGCUGCCUACGAGGCUUUCUGCAGCUGGAGGGGGGUCUCGGCCAAGGAGAGGAGUUCUUUGCUUCGCAAGUGGUAUGACUUAAUGAUACAAAAUAAGGAUGACCUUGCCAAGAUAAUUACAGCUGAAAGUGGAAAGCCACUGAAGGAGGCACAGGGAGAAAUUCUCUAUUCUGCCAACUUCCUGGAGUGGUUUUCAGAGGAAGCCCGCCGUGUUUAUGGAGACAUUAUCUCCACUCCAACAAAAGAAAGGCGGGCUCUCGUCCUCAAGCAGCCCCUCGGUGUGGCCGCAGUCAUCACCCCGUGGAAUUUUCCCAGCGCCAUGAUCACGCGGAAGGUGGGGGCCGCCCUGGCAGCCGGCUGCACGGUGGUGGUUAAACCUGCCGAGGACACGCCCUUCUCCGCCCUGGCCUUGGCUGAGCUUGCAAACCAGGCUGGAAUUCCCCCAGGUGUGUACAACGUGAUUCCUUGCUCUCAAAAGAAGGCCAAGGAAGUAGGGGAAGCACUUUGUACAGAUCCUCUCGUGUCUAAAAUUUCCUUUACUGGUUCGACAGCCACUGGAAAGGUCCUGUUGCACCACGCAGCAAACUCUGUGAAGAGGGUGUCCAUGGAGCUGGGUGGCCAUGCCCCUUUCAUCGUCUUUGACAGCGCCAACGUGGACCAGGCUGUUGCCGGGGCCAUGGCCUCCAAAUUUAGGAACUCUGGACAGACGUGUGUGUGCUCCAACCGUUUCUUGGUGCAAAGCGGUAUCCAUGACUCCUUUGUGAAAAAAUUUGCUGAGGCAAUUAAAACAAACCUUCAUGUGGGUAAUGGAUUUGAAGAGAGAACUACUCAAGGCCCGUUAAUUAAUGCAAAAGCUGUAGAAAAGGUAGAGAAACACGUGCAUGAUGCCAUUUCCAAAGGGGCCACCGUUGUGACAGGUGGGAAGCGACACCACGUUGGGAAAAAUUUCUUCGAGCCCACCCUGCUCAGCAACGUCACCCGAGACAUGCUCUGCUCUCAGGAAGAGACUUUUGGGCCUGUGGCACCUGUUAUCAAGUUCAACACAGAGGAGGAGGCGGUGGCGAUCGCUAACGCGGCCGAUGUCGGGCUGGCAGGUUAUUUUUACUCUCAAGACCCAGCCCAGAUCUGGAGGGUGGCGGAGCGGCUGGAGGUCGGCAUGGUUGGCGUUAACGAAGGACUGAUCUCCUCCGUGGAGUGCCCUUUCGGGGGGGUGAAGCAGUCCGGCCUCGGGCGAGAGGGCUCCAAGUACGGCAUUGACGAGUAUCUGGAGCUCAAGUAUGUGUGCUUCGGAGGCUUAUAGGAUUCUUCAAGAAAUAAAAAGGGAGGCUUACCUAUGUAUGGGGACAUGACAUCCGUUAUUUUAAAUAAACCCAUAGGGUAGGUGAACUAGGAAUUUUAAAAAACGAAUCAUCCAAUCCUUAUAAGCAGAUACAAAGCCUAUCCCUCCCCCUAGCUGGCUUGGGGCCAAUACAUGCCACAAGCCUGUGGCCACAAAUCCCUGAGAACCAGCAGUGGGUUUAUAGGAUGACGCCCUGGAUCGCCAGCCCCCACCCUCCCCACCCAUGACCUCAUCUGCCUCAGAGCAAAGUGCAACAAGCUGGUCCUGAAGCCCCCUCAUCAUGGUGGGGCCACAGCCUGGGCAAUGACAUAGCCAGCACCCACGUGGCUCCGGAGCUAAGACCCAGGGGGCUGCGGGGGACAUCUCUUGAGUGUGACUGACAGGCUGGGCAGGAUGCCACUGCAUGCUUGGUGACCUGCCAGCUGGGUAUUCGGAGGUGUUGCUGCAGCGGCUGAAUCAGUGGGGUUUUUUUUGUUUUGUUUUUUUUUAAGAACUUUAGACACAGCACAGAAUUGCCUGCAUUUCUUUGAGAAGUGAAAGAACCCCUCUCUUUUUUUUGACUAGUUUUUAAACUGAAAGCUCCAUCAUCCUCAACUGCUUAAAGAUUCUGUGUUUACUUCUGUGCUGUUUUUCCACAUCAUGUUUCUGAGAGAAAAUAAGCAUAAAGCAGAGCGCAGCAGCAGUGGCUUGGUGGGGCUUUAUCCACGGGUAACAGCCUGGCCAGGCUUUAUCUGCACAGACAUGCUGUCUACCCCCCACACCCAGCCCUCAGUACAGUGGAGAUUCUGUUCAUGCCUUACUUAGCUCCAUGGGAUACUGUGAACCCAAGAGAAAGCAAACAUAUGUAUUUGCCAAAAAGUGAAAAUUCGAUGUUCAGUACAGGAGUCAUCAUUGUUAUGGGUGGCACCUCCCAGCCCGGCUUGGGUCUCCAGCAGUGGCUUUGCCAAGGUGAGGGGAGGCUGGUACCCACCUGCUCGGCACCUGAGCCCGAGGGCGGGCUGGUCUCCUAUAGCCUGCUCUUUAUGACAUGCUGCUCCUUCACCUGCAGGGAGCGCAAAAGCACUUUGAGCACAGUGAUCUCAAAAGGGAAAAGAAUUUCCAUAGUUGCCAGUUGGAAGAGGCGCUUUUUAUCCAAUGAGUUUUUAUAGUUCUUCUUUUAAAAACAAAAAGCCCAACGAUCACUGUUUCCUGUUGCUCUGAAAGAAAAACUCUUAAGAAAACAGUAGGCUUUUCUGUACUGUGUCUCUAAACGUCCUGAUACAUGAGGAAAGGGGAGGCUGGUCCUGGUGGAACAGACAGGGACGAAGCUCCCCCUUUCCCACUGUGUGUGUGUGUGUGUGUGUGUGUGUGUGUGUGUGUGUGUGUGUGUGUGUGUGUGACAGGGACGAAGCUCCCCCUUUCCCACUGUGUGUGUGUGUGUGUGUGUGUGCGCGCGCGUACUUCACUGACAUCCUCUGGAUGUUUUGGGGAGCAGAAGGAAAACAUGAAUGAAAGGAGUGCUGGAGGCAGUUGCUCCUGGACCAGCCAGGACAUAGCACCCCUCACUGAGCCACGGGGAGCUAAACAGCUAAAGGUCUGAGAUGUCCCUGUGCACAGAGGUACCACGGCCAGUCCCGGAGCUGCCUUGUGUUUGCCCUGGGUUACAUCAGCCGUCCCCCUGAGGCCCAGCUAAGCAAUCAGCUGAAGUCCACCUAGUGACAGGCACUGCUCAGACUCCGUCCACAAUCACAUACACAUCAUAUUGACCGUGAAUUUGCACUUACUAGUUCUGGGGUUGUUUCAUGUGACAUUUUAAUUACUUAAUGUUUGGAUGUGUCCAUCUGUUUUCUAUUAACGAUAAAAAUGCUCUAAAUAGUUUUUAGAAGUCCAGAAUACUAGUGCUUGAAAUGUUUGGGGGAAUACAUUCAAAUACGUUUGUUAAUUUUGUAACUCAGCAGAUGCUUUGGCUUGAUGGCAGAUUUUGUUUUCUAGUAUAUCUGUUUGACCAGGUACAUAAAUUGAGGGCCAGAGACUCACUGCAACAUCCUUGAUUAAUUCUGGAAUUAAAGUAAGUUGAAAAGGAAAUAGCUUACUGUUUAGUAAAAUUGAUCUGGAUUGUGGGGAAAGACGUAUUUUUUAAAUGAACAUUUUUGGGGGUUAUUGUUCAGUAAGGUGAUCGAUUAUGUGAUGGAAUAUGUGAUGGAUUUGUUAAAAAUGUGUAUUUUAACAUUAAAUAGAAAAGGACCAUUAGACCAGGGAUUGGCUCACAGGCGAAAUCUUGCCUGCUUUUGUACAACCCAGAGCUAAGAAUGGUUUUUAUAUUCCCAAAUGGUUAGGGGAAAACAAAUCAAAUGAAUAGUAUUUCAUGACACAUGAAAAUUUUCUGAAAUUCAGAUAUUAGUAUCCAUAACUCUUUGCGAUCCCAUGGACUGUAGUCCGCCAGGUUCCUCUGUCCAUGGAAUUCUCCAAGCAAUACUGAAGUGGAUAGCCAUUCUCUUCUCCAGGGGAUCUUCCCAACCCUGGGAUCAAACCCGGGUCUCCUGCAUUGCAGAAAGGUUCUUUACCAUCUGACCCUCAGGGAAGCCCCAAAUAAAAUGUUAUUGGAGCCCAGCCACGCCCAUUCAGUUACCAUAUGAUCUGUGGCUACCUUCUAGGCAGAAUUAUUUGCACCACAGACAGAACUGCCCACAAAACUCUUUGGCUUUUUACAGAAAUAAUUUGCCAACCUCUGAUCUAAACCAAGAGGGAGAUACUGACUUUCCCAUGUUAAUGAGGCAUUAUUUCAUUUUAUUGAACACCUACUCUGUAAAAAAUACUUUUCCAGGUCUUGCUCCAGUGAAUCCUCACCAAGAACUUUCCAGCAAUCAUCACAUGACUCAUACGAAAUCACCCAGAUAACAGGAGUCGUUGGCCUUGAGAAAACAAUUCUCAGUUUACUUUCCCUAGCUAUGCAGGGAUUCUCAUUUUAAACCUCCUCUGUACCUGUUAUCUUUAUCCAUUUGAGCAGCUUUUAAAUAUAAUUUUAUGUCAAGUGUUGGCUCAUCUACCUUUAAUUUUUAUGGAAAGACUUAGUGAAAGUAAAGAUCAGAAGCACAAUGCAGAUAAAUCUGUUUUAUUGUAAACUUAGAUCAUUAACUUUAAACUGUGCCACAUGACUGCCUUCUCUGCAGGCUGAAGCCCAGGGCUUUAAUUAUUCAUAUACGGCUAUGAUAGAUAGCGUUUUACUUCAAAAAUAUUUAUGCUUUGGUUUUUUUUCACGCUGUAUUUUGCGGGAUAAAACUUAGGGAUAAGUGUAGUUGGAACUGUGAAAACGUUUUGUUUUUUAAAAAUGUACAUGUAAUUCACUUUCCGGUUUUUGAUAACUGUGUAUGUCAAGGCAGUGGAGUUGUGCGUGUGUGAUUAAUAAAGGUUGAAUUAACAGAA